CUGUCCAGCGAUCUUCGUCAGUCGACGGCAGGACUCGAACCAGUCCGAAAGUGUUUUUUUUCCCGUUCGCUGUAGGAAACCGUAGAUCUGUGAUUACCUAAGUGUAUAGAUUCAUAUUGUUAGUUCUGGAAUGCUGCGCCUCGUGUUCUUGUGCGUAGUGGCUUUCGCCGCCCUGACCGUGGUCAGUGGCCAGCGACAGGUCGAAGAGGUUCUCAAAUGGCAACAGGUCGAGUUUGACGUCCCCGCCAGUGUUCUUUCCGCCCCAGAUGGCUACAUUCCGAUCAACAACAUCCCGAUGAGUGGCGUCCACUACAAGAACCGUGUCUUCGUCACGGUUCCCCGAAGGCGUUGGGGUAUCCCAUCUACGUUGAACGUCGUUGAGCUGGAGCCGCCAUAUCCCGUGACGAACCCGGUCCUGAAGCCGUACCCGAGCUUCGAGCUCAACGAACUUCGGGCCGAUCUUCAACCCGAUGCCAACCGGUUGGUCACCGUGUACCGGCCCCGUGUCGAUCGCUGCGAUCGUUUGUGGUUCGUCGAUACCGGCAUGAUGGAAAUCCCCGGAAACUUCACCGUCGUCCAGCGCCCCUCGAUCUGGUCCAUCGAUUUGAAGACCAACCAGCCGCUCAGCCGCUAUGAAAUUCCCCAGAAGGACGUCGAAACCGGUUACGGGCUCACUUCGAUCACGCUCGACGUCGAUCCGGACGACUGCUCUAAGGUCUUCGUCUACAUCUCCGAUCUGCAAACCUACCGCAUGGUGGUCUACGACCACGAGAACCAGAAAUCUUGGCGCUUCCUGCAUAACUACUUCUUCCUGAACCCGCUCGAGGGCGACUUCAACAUCCAGGGCAUCCCGUUCGCGUGGGACGAUGGCAUUUUCUCGAUUGCGCUGAGUAACCCGGACCCGAUGACCAAGUUCCGUACGGCUUACUUCCACGCCCUGUCCAGUAAUUCGGAGUUCACCGUGUCGACCGCUGUGCUGCGCAACGAAACCGCUUCCAAGCGAGGCUAUCACGGAGACGACUUCAAACUGCUCGGAUAUCGUGGAGCUCAGUCGCAGUCCAGCAUUCACGGUUUCCACCCGGAGACUGGCGUCAUCUUCUUCGCUCUUAUCCAGCUGAACGCCGUCAGCUGUUGGGACACCCGGAAGCCUUUCGCCCCGCAGAAUAUGGCCAUCGUGUACAAGAACGAUCGCGACAUCAUCUACCCGAACGAUCUUUCGAUCGACCAGGAAGGAAACGUGUGGUUCAUGUCCAACUCGAUCAUCAAGCUGCUGUACACUCAGCUGAGCCUGGAAGAGUUCAACUUCCACAUCUGGCGCGCCAACAUCAAGGAAAUCAUCAAGGGCACCGUCUGUGAUCCGACCGUUCCGCCCAACGUGGACCACGGGCAACGCUUCGGAGGAGAACAGAAUGCCGAUCGUGUGACCUUCGUGGAAUACAAGGACAAGUAUGGCCCAGGAGGUGGCCCAUACGGAGGCUGGGGAUCCGAUGACAAGAGGAAGCCGACAGGCCGCAGACCGUAAGGAGCGACAAGGCGUUCCGAAUGAACGAACAAAGCAGACAUUACUUUUUAGGAUAGACGAUAGAAAAUCAAUACUCGGACCUUAAAUAAACAAGUUUUAAAGAUUAGUCUUA